AUGGCCCCGGAAAGAAUCCCCGUCUGGCUGGAUUGCGACCCAGGCCACGACGAUGCCUUCGCCAUCCUCAUCACCGCUCUACACCCAUCCUUCGAUCUCCUGGGCAUCAGCACAAUCCACGGCAACUCCUCCCUACAGAAGGUCACCAACAACGCCUUAUCAAUCCUCACCGCCAUCGGUCGUCCCGAUGUGCCCGUCUACCCGGGUGCCAAUAAACCCUUCAUGCGCCCUGCCGUGCAUGCUCCCGAUAUCCAUGGAGACACUGGUAUCGACGGAACAACCCUUCUGCCCACUCCGACCCGAAAACCUCAGACGGUACCGGCCGUCGAAGCCAUGCGCAAAGCCAUUAUGUCCACCAAACGGGGCACAUGUACUUUGGUCGUCACGGGAACAUUGACAAACGCCGCUCUGCUCUUCGCUGCGUUUCCCGAAACCGCUGAACAUAUCAAAACCAUUUCCAUCAUGGGAGGGGGGUUCACCUUGGGGAAUAUCACCAAGAGUGCUGAGUUUAAUAUCUACUGCGACCCCGAAUCCGCAGCUUCAAUCUUCACCCUCCCCUCUCUCUCCAACAAAAUCAUCCUCUCCCCGUUAGACCUAACCCACACCGUCCUGGUCACCACCUCCGUCCGCCAAACCCUGACUUCAACCCCAUCAACCUUCCGAACAAUGUUAUACGAACUCCUAAUGUUCUUCGCCGAAACCUACAUCAGAGUAUUCGACAUGACCGAAGGUCCACCUCUACACGACCCCAUUGCCGUAGCCGCUUUGAUGGACGAGAGCUUCGGGAUGGGGUUCGAAUAUGUGGAGACGGGGAUUAAGGUUAUUUGUAACGGAGAGGAGAUGGGUAAGACGGUUAUGGUGGGGGUUGAUGAGGGGGUUAUGGAACAUGAGGGGAAACAGGUGCUGGGGGAUUGUGGGGUUGGUGGUGGAGGGGUUAAGGUGAAGGUUGGGAUGAAGUUGAAUGUUGAUAGGUUUUGGGAGGUUGUGAUGGGGGUUGUGGAGAAGGCGGAUAAGAUGUCGCCAUUGAAUACUUAA